AUGCCGGUUUCUCUUCAAGGCAUGACCGGCGAGGAGAUUGAGAUACUCGAGAGGAGGGUCAAGAGAAAGAUCGAUAUGCGAAUCUUGCCAAUGCUUGUGUUGAUCUACAUUUUGAACUAUUUGGACAGAAACAAUAUUGCCACAGCGAGAUUAGCCGGAUUGGAAGAAGACUUGAACAUGACCUCGGUUCAGUAUCAAACCACGGUCUCUAUUUUAUUUGUGGGUUACAUUCUCAUGCAAAUCCCGGCAAACAUGUUCUUGACCAAGGUGGGGAGACCAAGAAUUUUCAUUCCAUUUAUCAUGACCGUUUGGGGGAUUAUCUCCACCUGCGUCGGCGCUGUCCAAUCAUACGGUGGCUUGAUUGCCAUCAGAUUCCUUUUAGGUUGGGCCGAAGCCGGUUUCUUUGGGAGUGCGCUAUACUAUUUGUCAUGUUGGUACACCAGAAAGGAAUUGGUCUUGAGAACCUCUAUUCUUUAUUCGGGUUCUUUGAUCUCUGGGGCCUUUGCGGGUUUGAUCGGCGCUGGGAUUAUCAACGGGAUGGAUGGGGCCAGAGGCAUGUCUGCUUGGCGGUGGUUGUUCAUUAUCGAGGGUGCAAUCACCGUUGCGGUGGUUCCAUUUGCCUACUUUACCUUACCAGAUAUGCCAUCUAACACAAAGUUCUUAUCUCAACAGGAGAAGGAUGUGGUGGUUUGGAAGUUACACAGAGAGGUUGGUACCGAUGAUUGGGUCAGCGCUGAGGACCAAUCGUUCAAAACCGGUUUCACGUUGGCCAUCAGGGAUAUCAAGGUUUGGCUAAUCACCGGGAUCUUGUCCUUCUUGGUUGCUGCGUGUGGUGUCACUAACUUCUUUCCUUCGGUGGUUGCUACUUUGAAUUUUGAUAGGAUUAAAACUUUGUGUCUUACAGCUCCGCCAUAUUUGAUCUGUGUCAUUGCUACCUUUCUAUGGGCCAUCCACGCAGACCGUACCGGUGAAAGAUUCUGGCACGUUGUAGCCCCUCUUUGCGUGGCUUUGGUUUCUUUUAUCAUUUCUGCUGCUACGUUGAACACCGCGGCCAGAUAUUUUGCCAUGUGUAUCAUGGUUCCGUCCUUGUACUGUGCCUUUACGGUAAUUCUUUCGUGGAUGUCCAACUGUGUGGCUAGACCACCAAUGAAGAGAGCCGUGUCCUUGUCGCUCAUGAACUGCCUUUCAAAUUCCACCUCCAUUUGGAACGCCUACUUAUAUCCUAAAUCGGGUUCCCCGCAGUACUUGGUGGCGUUUUGCUGCAACUGUGGGUUUAUUAUCGCAUCCAUCAUCUUGUGUGUUACCUUGAAGAUUCACUUGAAACGUUUGAACAAGAAGAUUGAGACUGGAACUAUGGACUGGGAGCCAGAGAUGGGCAAGGGGGUGGACAGUGCUGAGAUUAACAAGAAUUUCACGUUCCUUAUCUAAUUGAGGUGAAAGGCUAUUUUCCAGUUGGAGGAGCGAGCCUAACGUUAAACGCUAAAAGGGGGCUAUUAUGUUUUAUUUAACCCCUCUAAUUUACUUGUAACCUAGCAAAGUUUAUGUAGUUAUCGGAGUAAAUUUAUCGAUGGACUUGGAAAGGACGAGCUUUCUAUAUCGUUUGCCAGUACGCCUAUAAACACCAACACGUGAAAACGGUUAGGUUUGUACACGCCGUGUUUAAACCUGUCAAAGUCAUAUAGAUUGGAUAAGAGGGAAUACUGAAUCGUACAGGGAUCUGCCUGUCAGUAUCACUUGGACAAAGCAUUAAACUUGGAUUAGUCAUCACUAACUGAGAGUCGUUGCAUAGUGAAAACGGUUAUUAAUGCUUGAGUCGUUUCAUGGUGAAAACCGGUUAUUAAUGCCUAUAAUAGAAUCGCA